AUGGUGGCAGCUGCCACCGCUACGGCCACCGCCACAGCCAGCGUGGUGGCCAUGCAGGACCGCCAAGACAUCCCCUCGCAAUUCAAUCAGAUGCAGAGCCAACAUGGAAUACCCCACCAAACGUACAACGCAGGGUACGCCCAAAGAGGACCAAUGGCCGGAAUGGGGCCAGUCGGGAUGAGCAAUUUCAAUAGCAUGGGCACGAUGAGCCCAAUGCACUCUAUGAAUUCCAUGAAUUCGAUGAACAGUAUGAAUGGCAUGAACUCGAUGAAUCCUAUGACGAUGGGAGGUAUGAACGGUAUGAGUGGUAUGAACGCGAUGACACCCAUGAACUCCAUGAGUAACAUGGGCAACAUGGGCAUGAACAAUAUGAUGGGACCUAACAACAUGCAGAUGAACAAAAUGAGUAUGCAGGCUCAGCCUCAUCAGGGUUAUCCACGAAGAUUAGCGCCUUACCCGAAUCCUGCGAUGCACAUGGCGCAGAAGAGACAACAAGGACCGUACGCGAGUCCGAAUCCAGCUGCGAUGCAGCCGAGCUUCAACGGAAUGGCGACGUCGCAAUACCCGACCAAUUACCCUGCAGCAGCAGCCAGGCCGAAUUUUCAGCCUCAGUAUCAGCCGAUGCAGACCAUGAAUCCCACAGCCGCCGGCUUUGGGCCUAACUCGAUGAUACGAGGCACGAACAUGAGGCAAACUGCGCCAUCUUACAACACCACCGCUCAGGCAGCGACUAACCAAUAUUACAGUAGUAAUGGUAUACCAGUCAGCAUGGGACCUAGCACGGUUGGCAAUCAAUUCGUUGGUCAUCAACCGAAUACGGGAUACGCUGGAGGUGCGUCCUCGUACGGGGCGAGUGCCGCAGCGACCAGUCAGUAUCAACAGGACGUUGCGGCGAUGAGAACGACCGGAGCGGGGAGUUUGAAUUACCAACACAGUCCUAUCCCUGGUAAUCCUACUCCCCCGCUCACGCCAGCCACAAGCAUGCCCCCUUACAUUAGUCCAAAUCCAGAUAUCAAGCCCAAUUUCAAUGAGAUGAAGUCACCGGUUAAUAUACAAAAAGACGACGAGCUGAGAUUAACAUUCCCUGUGAGGGAUGGCAUCAUUCUUCCACCCUUCCGCUUAGAACACAAUUUGGCUGUAAGCAACCAUGUAUUCCAGCUGAAAUCCACGGUGCACCAAACGUUGAUGUGGCGGUCGGAUCUUGAACUGCAGCUGAAAUGUUUCCACCAUGAGGAUAGGCAAAUGAACACGAAUUGGCCCGCAAGCGUACAAGUUUCUGUGAACGCUACGCCGUUGGUUAUUGAUCGUGGUGAGAAUAAAACGUCUCACAAGCCCUUAUACCUGAAGGACGUUUGUCAACCGGGAAGGAACACGAUACAAAUCACGGUCUCGGCGUGUUGCUGUUCGCAUCUGUUCGUGCUUCAAUUAGUCCAUCGGCCGAGUGUGCGAAGCGUGCUUCACGGAUUGUUACGUAAAAGGCUACUCACGGCGGAGCAUUGUAUAACUAAAAUCAAACGGAAUUUCAGUAACACUAUUUCGAAUAACGGAAUACAGUCGGAGAAAGAUGUGGUGGAACAAACAGCACUUAAGGUAUCUUUAAAAUGUCCUAUCACUUUUAAACGUAUUACACUGCCAGCAAGAGGACACGACUGCAAGCACAUACAAUGCUUCGAUUUAGAGUCGUACCUGCAACUAAAUUGUGAAAGAGGAUCUUGGAGAUGUCCUGUAUGCACAAAACCUGCACAACUGGAAGGUCUAGAGGUUGACCAAUAUAUGUGGGGCAUUCUGAAUACUUUGAACACCGCGGAAGUGGAGGAGGUAACGAUAGACUCUAUGGCUAAUUGGAAACCAGCGAAGAACGUGAGCGGUAUUAAAUCCGAAGAAGAAAGUGAUUGCAAGAGAAUGACCAAGGCAAUGUCACCUGGGAGUAUGAACAUGCCUACUAUGAAUAAUUGGGAUAUGAAUCAAGCAAUGAGUCCGUAUAUACCACCUGACAUGAGCAGCAUUGUGAGCGGCUCUAUGAUGAACAAUACACCAUCUACAUACACAAACAACAAUAUUAAUCAUAGGAAUUCGUCGGGAGGAUCUUUCGAUAUUAAUACCGGAACGAAUACAAACACCAAUAACGAUUACUCUAAUGGAACGGGACCUCUUUCGCACUUGAACGAAUCUGUUAACUCUCUAGACCCUCUUAACGCUAUGGAAAAGUCACUGAACGAUCAGAUGCCGCAUACACCACAUACACCUCAUACUCCUCACACGCCUCACACACCAGGUGGUGGUAACAGUGGUCCACCUAGUGUUCCUCCUGCAUCUCAGGAAUCUACAGGGAAUCAUAACACGUCUGGUAGUACGAGUACAAACAUAAAUAACGAUACUGCAGACAUACCGUCGGAUUUAAAUUUCGAUCCGGCUGCAGUAAUAGAUGGCGAGGGUACGGGUCAGGAAGCAUUGAAUCUCUUGCCAGACAAUGUUGUGGAUCCAAUGGAAUUACUUUCGUAUCUAGAUCCUCCAGAUCUGAAUACCCCUCCCAGCAGUGGCGCUAGCAGUGGAAACCCCUCAUCGAGUGAUGAUAUAUUGGCACUUUUCGAAUAAAAGAAACAAACCAGAAUCUUUUAGAGGAAUAAUCAAAUCACGACCCUGACAUUCAGAAAAUAAGUAAAGAAAGCGAUUAACAAGUUUGCAUAUACUUCCUACGAAUAUAAUUCAAACCUGAACAAAAAUAUUUGUAGCGGAGGAUAUUGAAGCGUAUUGGGGUCACACUGUGGGUGCUUUCACCUAAUUCAAUGGUACAAACAAUCUUAGCUCUAAUUAUAUAAUAUUCCUAUUGACGAAGUUAGGGCAUAUUAUUAGAUUUAAAGGAAGAAGAAAAAUGUGAAACAAUGACUUCUAAUUAAAUAGUGGAAAACGAAGCACCGCCGUAGCGUGCUUGUUUGUAAAGAUGUUAUUGCACGGUUUACGUUUUUAGUCCUUGAUAUUGGGAAUUUUUAUUUCCAAUAGCGACGCGUUCUAACAUUGUGCCGGGCAUAUGUUCCAGAACUGAUUCACCGAGUACCACAAUUAUAUUAAUUGUGUUCAAAUGAAUAUAAAUACGAAUUUUUUAAUACCAAAUGUAGAGCAAUCUUUUCCAUACGAAGUUUUACAUACGGUUUAAGGUUACAAACGUAUUUGUUUGAUACAGUAAAUGUGCGAUACGAUCGAUGAACUUAUACAUAACAUAUAUUUUAUAUACAUUGCCAUUGGUCCAGCUCUUGAUUCAGAAAUAAGUUUUUACACGGACAAUAUUCUGAAAACAUACUGGAAUGUUCACGUUAAUUACGUACGAUAGAUGAACCCAACAUCCUUUUCGUCGUUGAAUUUUUACGAAUCGUAUAGCACAUUUAUAGAGGUUUUACAUAAAAAUAUGGGCUUCAAGCUCAUCAUGUGCACAAUAUUGACAUAAUUGUAGGAAAAGAAGAUAAUUAUUCUUAGCGUACCUUCAGAAAGUGUAAACGUUCUUAACGGAUUUAUGAUUUUGGAAUAUUUGCUUGACAAAAUGUGCUGUGCUACUUCAAAGGCUUCAAUUUGAAAAAAAUUCCCUGCAAUACGAUCUUUACCUCAAAUACCGGUCUACUCGCAUUCAAGGCUAUGAUGGACCUACAUCACAACAGAAUUACGAUUGUACAGUAACUUUUGUAAAUAAGUUUUAAUCGAAAAUAGAUAAGGCGUUCAUCUGUUGUGAACCACCCUGCUUAUUGAUGGAUAUAGCGCAUAUAGUGUUCCUUUCCUUUAGAUAAUUAGUAACAACAGAUGAAAAAAACAAUAAUCGAGGGCAUCGGGCUUCACACUGGAUUCUAUGUAAUAUUUCUAAUGGUGUAUCUUCGAAGCUUUUGAAUUGGCGCAAACGUGUAUCUCUUACUGCGAGAAAACAAUAUUUGUUUUGAAUCAUUUGUAAUUUGAAACUAAUAAAAACAAAUUGAAAAGUU